UCAUCAUCCCACUCCCUUGCCCCAGAUCCCCCCCUUGCCAACAAACUCAGACUUGUUGCGCCACCUCCACAGCUCACCUUUGCUUCGUAAAUUGAUGACGAUCUCCGCGUCGUCGUCGUAGUUGUUGUUGUGGUCGGUACAGACGUGCUGUGUUAGUGCUGGUCAGUCUGUUGUGAUAAGCGUGGUUGGGUUUGAUAUCGGGCUGCGUGGACCAGUUUGGAACGGCGUGUAUGUUGUUUGGGAUUGCAGUGCAGAGGGCGAGAGAGAGAGGGGUGGGGUGGUUUGGUAGAGUUCACGGAGUUUGGAGUGUCGGACUGUGGAGUUCGAAUGUGAGCGGUCGUGGUGUAAUUUGGUAGAGAGUUAAGACAAAAGGGUCCGGAAAAGGGAGACUCAAGGAGUGUGCAGUAAUAUCAGGGAUUUUGAGAGGAGUGAGUUGGGGUUUGGAGCGACUGCUGCUAUUUUCCUGGUUGUGUCCAGAUGAGCAGAAGUGUGUUCCUGGAGUGGUUGUGUUUGAUGAUUGCCGACCAGCCAGCUAGAGUUUGAUUUUCGGAGAAUUCAGACGGAUCCAGACCUCAAGAUCUUGAACUUUUCCCCUAUAAAUCCCUUGGAACUACCAUAACCCCUGAUCGGACACGCAAUUGUGCAAAUACUCGUGUCAGUUACCUACGCCACAAAUUCCUCCACGAAUUCUGCAAAUAUUUCAAACUGAUACAAUGCCUGGGAUAAACAUCAACCUGGCGAAUCCGUCAUUGAGUACCAGCCUCAUUGAGCUGAAUCAACAGCAAUUGUGGAUGGACCCUGACCUGUGGGGUACUCUGCCGGAGCCCCUGAUAGAACUUAUCCUCGCGUAUCUCCCCCUCCCCAAGCUCCUGCAAAUGCGAUCCCUUUGCAGGAAGUGGAAUUGUCUUUUGCAGUCGCCCAAUUUUCUCGACGCACAGCGCCGCACUGCUGCGCAAUGCCACUUCUAUGUGGUCACGGUCUCCGAGCCUGCUUUCUCGGCGUUCUCAUAUUACCAGAAAGGACCGGAGCUUCACUACCUCCGCAGCUCCUCACUCUACUGCCACACCUCGCAAACUUGGUUCAACUUGUCUCUGAACUUUCUUCCAUUCUCGGAUCUAUACGUGACGUCCGUGGGAGGCGGAUUAAUCUGUUUCGUGGCGUACAUGGGCAAGUCCAACGUCACAACCCGAGAGGUUGUGAUUGGAAUCGCCAACCCUGCAACCCGCACUUGGAGGCUGCUCCCCCGGUGGGAAGACAACACCGUGUGCCGCAAUCUGCCAAAUUUUGUGGCGAUGGUGGUGGACAAUUUCACCCGCCAGUAUAGAGUCGUGGCGAUAGACUACGACAAGACCUGCACUUACAUGUACAGCUCGGUAAGCAUGUCAUGGGCGGAGAGCAAAGACGUCCCGACGCAACACAACUUUCCUUACUACGAUCGCACGCCGUCACAGGCGGUCGUGACAUCGACGAACAAGCUGGUGUGCACCACGCAGUGCAAGUCCGGCGUCUCGAUUUACGACAUGGACACGGGGCUGUGGGAUUCUUACGAAGUCCACCUGCCCGGAAUGCACAGCAAUGUGCACCUUGUGCAGCACCGAGGUCGCAUUCUCAUGAUCAGCAGGAUCAUGAAGGCGAAGUACGAAGGCUCCGACAGAGUGCAGAUCUCGGAACUCGAACGCAAGGAUUUGCGCGUGACCAAGGCCUUAGACGAGGUGCCAGUCGGUCCUUCCAAGCACUUUUUGGACCACUUCAAGGUGUGUGAUAUUGUUGGACCCAAUGACGACUCACAACAUGGCAUGUGCUUUGUCUCUGUGAUCACUGGCGAAAGGUGGGUAUAUGACUUGGAAGGGAGGUUCUGGCGCAUCAUGCCCAGCUGGCCCCGAGCGAGGAGCAAGAGCAUGGCAGCUUACGGUGGGUUCUCGAUCCAGUUGCGAGUCGACAUACAACCUUGAAGACACACAGUUUCAUCUCGAACGAUAGGUCUCGAUCUCGAGAUCGUUUCUCAUCAUCGCAACAAAUCGACAUUAAUCUUCCACCAUUACUUUUGUAAAAAAUUGCCUUUUGCCUCGAGAAACCUAAAGAUCAUUUCCAAUCUGACAUUUUAUGUAACGAUUAGCUCUAGGUUGAAGCCAGAAGCUGGUCGAUUGUCUGAAACUGUACAAAGGAGGUUAAUACUUACGUCUUCAUGAAGGGCUACUAUCGUUAAUGUGAGUAUAAUGCAAGUUAUAAUGCGGAGUUGUCAGGUGUAGAUAGACGAUGUCGUGGUCAUCUAUCAGACUAGUUGCAACGAAACCAAGUAUUUGUAGCUACUGUUCACAUUCCGGGUCACUCAUUGCAAGCUUGAGUGAUGCAAUCCACCGUGUAUAGACAGUUCUGUUUUUGCUAACUUGUUAAUAUUUUGAUGAAGAUCCCUUACUAUUGCAAGGGGGCCGUAUCAUUUUAAAGAUCAUUUCUGAA